AUGCAUGCGAUGAAUACUAUGUGUGAAGGAUUAGAAGAACUCGCUAAUGUUAGAUUGGAAACAGAUCAGCAUGUAGAUGCAAGUGAUUCACGUAUGAAGAGAGAUAUGCAAGAUAUUAAUGAACUGCACGAGUGGUUUUUAUCACAUGAUCCAUUCCCUGAGGUUACAAAAAUCAUAUCAGUUGCCAGUGGAGUGGUUGGUAAUAAUUUAAUCAAUUAUCAUAAUACUCGUGAAGUUGUAACUGCUUUUAUAAAUAAAAUGACAGGACAAACAUUCAAUAAUAUUAAAUUAAAACGCGCUUACAAAGUCCUCCCUCUUUUAGCAAUGAGUAGCACCAUAAAAGUUCAUGAUAAGACGGCACCUAUGGACCCUAUAUUAUUAUUUCAACGCAUGAGUAUUACUGAGACAUUUGAAGAUGAACUGAAAAGAAAAAUCCAAAUCUACAACCCGGACACCACGUCAAUCAAUGCGCUACUAGGCCAAGGCUGUCCCCGUUGCGGCGGCUUGGUAUUUGCAGUCGAACAACAACUAGCCAAAGCCACCAUAUGGCACAAAAAGUACUUCAAUUAUUGUACCGAAUACCACCGUCCUUUGGACUCAACUUUGGCUUGCGACGGUCCGGACAAGGAAGUCCACUGUUGCGCUUGCUACGCCAAACUUUUUGGACCUAAAGGAUGCUUCAACUGUGCCGAUUGUAGCCGUUCGUUAGACUCUACCAACCAAAAUAACGGUCCCAACGGUAAAAUCUAUUGUAGAGGACGCUACGGGUGA